AGGCUCUUCCCGGGCAAGGGAAGCGGAGGAGGGAGAGACCCGCGGCCGGCCCUCCUCCGGCUUUAACCCCGGGUCCCAUGCUCCCCAGCCGCCCUCUCCAUGCAGGGGGAAGCGGAGUUCCAAAGCAGCAGCAGCAGCAGAACAGGGGAUGCCAGGAAGGCGGCGGAGAUCCGGGGCUCCCUUCCCGCCUCGUGUCCGGGGAAGAGCCCGAGUGGGGGAAGGGGAGGUUCCGCCUUGUGGAAGCCCAGCAGGAGAGGAGAGAAGCCGGGCGAAGAGGAGGCAGGAUUCGCACCAGGCUCCCCGCGGGCGGCCUCUCCAGCUGCUUCUUUCCCGGCCCUGCUCAGGGGCACCUGGGCCCUCCGCUGGGAUGAGCCUCUUGGGGCUCCAGGCAGGUUGGGUGAAGGUUGUUCAGUGGCUUAAUUCCACUUUCUAAUUCUUGCUGCUUAUUUUUCUUUCCAUCUCAGAUACAGAAACUCGAAGCUAUUUGAAAUCUUUGCAAGCCAAAAUUUCUUGGGAGAAAAAAGAGCGGAAUAACUUGGAGGGAUCAGAGUCCUGAGGCACCAGAAAUGGUCCUGUGAAGGAAAAGGCAUCUGGAGACUCAGAAGAGUCCUUGGAGCCAUUUGGAGUUGCUCUGCAGGAGAGAGAAAGGAUGGAGACACAACUUUUUGGAAAGGAGGGAGCCAGAAAACACCCUUCAGCUGCUCAGCCUGGGAAGCUCUGGACAAGGACUGGGCAGAAGAUCCUGGAGGAGGAAACCAUCCUCCCUUCAGAAGUUCAACCCUGGAAGUUCAUCCAAUAUCGGGAGGCUGAGGGUCCUCGAGGACUUUGCAGCCGACUCCAUGACAUUUGUAGGCAAUGGCUGAGACCAGAAAAGCACACCAAAGCCCAGAUGCUGGACCUGGUGGUUCUGGAGCAGCUCCUGGCUCUUCUGCCCCCAGAGAUGGAGACCUGGGUGAGGGAAUGUGGAGCAGAGACUAGCUCUCAGGCGGUGGCCCUGGCUGAAGGCUUCCUUUUGAGCCAGGCAGAGGAGCAGAAGGAGCAGUUUGAGUUGCAGUGCUGCAUUAUGGAGAUAAGAGAUCCUGAGGGAAAGAAGAAUCCAUCAAAUCCCACUCAGGAGCUAUUUUUCAGGAGGAUCCCUUGGGAAGAUCAAAGUCAGGACACUUCAGGAGAGAAAAACAGAAUGAAGUUUUCUGAUUUGUAUGAUGGAGCUCAAAAAGUGGUUGAACUUCCAAAUCAAGAGAGUCUUGUGUCCUUCGAGGAGGUAGCUGUGUAUUUAUCUGAGGAGGAAUUGUCUCAGCUGGAUCCUGACCAAAAAGCACUGCAUUCAGAAGUCAUGCUUGAAAACUAUAGGAACAUGGUCUCUCUGGGUAAUAAUGAGCAGGAGAAUCAAGAUUCUUGUGAACUGUUCCAAGUGAUCAAUGGUGAGGAUGGAACAAAGAACUUUGGAAUUCGAAUGGAACUAGAAACUCACGACAGAAACCAGUCAAAUGAUUGGAAUCAGAAAAGCUCAUCUUCCACCGAUGCUCCAAUACAAGACUUUCUUGCCCAACAAGAGAAAAUAGGGAAAAAAUAUAUUGGGGAAAGUGUGAAGCCAAUCAAAGCUAAAUUAACUGUAAACGAACAGUAUUUAACCCAAAACAAAGGAGAAGAUGGUAUAAGACACAACGGACAAAAUUACAAUGGGACAUUCAUUCAUUCUCUUGGAAAUAACUUCCUUACAUGUCAAAAAGUGAUUCACACAAAAGAGGAUCCUUAUAAAUAUUUGGAAUCUGGAAAACAUUUUACAACGAGUGGGCAAUUUACUUCCCAUGAAGUAAGUCACACUGGGGAGAAACAGUGUUCAGAAGCACCUGUAGCCCAUGUAGCCCAGUCCCUGCAGGCAGCAGGAGAGAAACCACAUAAAUGUAUGGAGUGUGGAAAGACUUUUGCUCUGAGCAGUAGACUUAUUAUCCACAAAAAGAUCCACACAGGGGAAAAGCCAUUUAAAUGCAUGGAGUGUGGAAAGACCUUUGUUCAAAGAGGUAAUCUUAUAACCCAUAAGAUGAUCCACACAGGGGAAAAGCCAUUCAAAUGCACGGAGUGUGAAAAGACCUUUACUCGUAAGUAUGAUUUUAGUAUCCACAAAAAGAUCCACACAGGGGAAAAGCCAUUCAAAUGCACAGAGUGUGACAAGACCUUUAUUCGUAAGCAUGAUUUUAGUAUCCACAAAACGAUCCACACAGGGGAGAAACCAUUUGAAUGCAUGGAGUGUGGAAAGACCUUUGCUCAUCACAGUUAUCUUACUUCCCACAAAAAGAUCCACUCAGAAGAGAAACCAUUUAAAUGCAUGGAGUGUGGAAAGAUGUUUACUAAGAGCAGUGCUCUUACUACUCAUAUGAUGAUCCACACAGGGGAGAAACCAUUUGAAUGCAUGGAGUGUGGAAAGACCUUUGCCCAAAGAGGUAAUCUUAUUUCCCAUCAGGUGAUCCACGCAAGGGAAAAGCCAUUCAAAUGCAUGGAGUGUGGAAAGACUUUUGCCCAAAGAGGUAAUCUUAUUUCCCAUCAGGUGAUCCACACAAGGGAAAAGCCAUUCAAAUGCACGGAGUGUGGAAAGACCUUUGCGCAAAGAAGUAAUCUUCUUACCCAUCAGAUGAUCCACACAGGGAAGAAGUCAUAUCAAUGCAUGGAGUGUGGAAAGAUGUUUACUAAGAGCAGUGCUCUUACUACUCAUAUGAUGAUCCACACAGGGGAGAAACCAUUUGAAUGCAUGGAGUGUGGAAAGACCUUUACCCAAAGAGGUAAUCUUAUUUCCCAUCAGGUGAUCCACACAAGAGAAAAGCCAUUCAAAUGCACAGAGUGUGGAAAGACCUUUGCACAAAGAAGUCAUCUUCUUACCCAUCAGAUGAUCCACACAGGGGAGAAGCCAUAUCAAUGCAUGGAGUGUGGAAAGACCUUUCCUCAAAGAGGUCAUCUUACUUCCCAUGAAAAGAGCCACGUAGAAUACAAACCAUUUAAAUGCAUGGAGUGCGGAAAGACCUUUGCUCGAAGUGGUAAUCUUAUUUCCCAUAUAAUGAUACACACAGGAGAGAAGCCAUAUAAAUGCAUGGAAUGUGGAAAGACCUUUGUUCAGAAUGGUAAUCUUACUUCUCAUAAAAGGGUGCAUGCUCGGGAGAAAAUAUAUAGCAAUAGCACCUCCACUUUACACUUCGGUAGCAAUAGCACUUACAGUGCUUUACAGACCUCUCUAAGCGGUUUUACAUAGCCAGCAUAUUGCUCCCAACAAUCUGGCUCCUCAUUUUACAGACCUCAGAAAGAAGGAUGGAAGGCUGAAUCAAGCUUGAGCUGCUGAGACCUGAACUGCCAAACUGCUGGCAACAGGUGAUCAGCAGCCUGCAGUACUGCACUCUUAACCACUGCGCCACCACGGCUCUUAUAUAUACCAGUCCACAAUCUUUGAACAGUUUACAAAGUCAGCAUAUUGUCCCCAGCAAUCUGGUCCUUAUUUUACCAAAGUCAAAGAGGAAAGGCUGAAUGAACUAUGAGCAGGUUAUAUCAAACUUAGCUUUCAGCUUUUCCUCCAUUUUGGAACUAUUUUUGUUUUUUUUCUUUCUCUUCAGAGCCUUUCCGCGGGCACAAGAGAUGGGUUGCCCAAGGUGUUCAUCAGAAUUUGCUGGAGGGGUCUCUGCCCUUUCUGCUUCCCUCCUUCAAUGUGAGGCUGAGGGAAUAAUUUGGGAAGGGCACCUGUAUCUAUUCAAUUUAAAGAAAUAAAAAAUAAAUGUAUAAAAAUCA